AUGAUAAAGGGAUCUUCUGAUGCUAACGAUGACGCUAACUUUGGCGAUGGCGAAAUUGACCGCAACAUGAAAAUCAUGAACGGCCAGGCCCGACAAAUCCGGGACUACCCCUACAUGGUUUCAAUUCAGCGUCCGAAUCCUCGUGCUCCGAAUGUGUCCUCUCAAGCUCAUCACUGCGGAGGGUCUCUAAUCGGUCUGGAAUGGGUGUUGUCGGCGGCGCAUUGCUUUUUUCAUCCAAACGGGAAGCGCGAAGACGCCAGCCUAUGGCGAGUGAUGGUGGGCAGCACCUUCUGGAAACUUGGCGGACCAAACGAUACACUUGGGCAAACGAGGUUUAUCAAAGAAGUGCACAUUGCGCCAAACUACGAGUUGGAAGGUGAUGAGGACGUUGCGUUGGUUCGGCUGGAAAGCCCGGUGACUCUGAACGCUAACGUUCAUCCAAUCGAAUUGUGGACGAAAAUCGAGCACAGUCAGAUGCAGAAGGUCGAAAUUAACGGUUGGGGCCGGGUAAAUUCAACAAGCAAUCGAAACUCGCAAAAAUUACUCGGCUAUCAGACAAGGAUCAUGAAGCCCCGGGAGGGCGAACCGGAGUGUGAGUAUCGAAAAAUUUACUGCUUCCGGGCAAACCUAAACGGGUCCAGGAGCAGCGAUUGUCAGGGUGAUUCUGGAGGCCCGAUCGCCGCAAAAUUGACGAAACAAGGCGUGGAACGCUGGGUACAAGUGUCCAUGGUAAACUACGGAAUGGCCUGCGACCCGGGCUAUCCUCCUCGGGAAACCCAGGGAAUGCAA